UUUAUUCUGGUUAUCCGCAUAUGUUCUGAAGCUUCUUCCUACUACCUUUCACUAAUUCAUAAUGUUGGUGUUAUUUGGAUGCUAAUAUUUUUAAACUCUGUGGCUUUCUUCAACUUCAUAAUUUUAACCAUUUUUACUUUGAAAGUACCAACUUCACUCCUGUAUUGUGCAUACAAGUCAAUCAACUGUUUCAUGUUGUUUCGUUUUUUAUUGUUCAAUUUCUUUUUUUUUAUAUGUUUUAUUAAAACUAUAUUUAUUUACUAGUAGUUUUAUUUAUUAGCACUUUCAUUAUCAGGUUUUCAAGCUACCAUGUUUUUAACACUGUGCUAUCUUCUUCUUUUUUCUAACGCGGGAUUUACAUUUACGAGUACUCGGAUCCGAGUUAUAUUUGCGAGUUGAGUUCAAUCGUUUACAUUACGUCCGAGUAAAUUCAAAUCUUUUUGUGUUUAAAAAUGGCUCCUUCAAGAAAAAAACGUGCCGCUGUAACUUUAGUAUUGUUUAUGGUGUUUAAAAAGAGGAAAGAAUAUGACAAAGUUAAACGAAAUAGAACUAUUUGGGUUAAAGAACAUUUACAAGAGCGCCACAGACUUGGAAUUGAAGAAAAUCUGCUAAAAGAUUUGUUAACCCAAGACGGGAAAGAUUUUAAGAAUUUCAUGCGGAUGGACUACGAAACAUUUUGUAUGUUACAUAUAAAGGUUUCCCCCUAUAUAAAAAAACAAAAUACAUGUUUACGAAGUGCUAUAAGUUCUGAAUUACGCCUUGCAAUAACAUUAAGAUUUCUUGCAACUGGAGAUAGCUAUAGGUCAUUAGAAUAUCUGACCAGAGUAUCAGCUUCCACAAUAAGUUUAUUUGUUCCUCAAGUAUGUGAAUAUGUAUAUGAAGUGUUGCAGCCCCAGUAUAUGAAGGUAUGUAUUUAACACAGACCACACCAGACGGGAAAGUAGAUCCAAAAAGAAGGCAGUUUUUUUCAUCAUUGUUCAGUACAUUACAAAUCGUAUUUAUCUGUCUUUAUCACACUUACUACAAAACGUUUGUAGAGGCGCUUUUGUAUUUACAGAAAUCUUUCGAAAGUUACAUUAUUUGCACACAGAUGUCACUACCAUAAUUGACAUUAAUAAAUGGAAUGUGAAAUGACACAUGUAAAACCCCGCCGUUCUGUUUUGUUCAUCACGCUACAUGCACUUGGAUUCUAUUUGUGGGUUUGUGUGGUUUCAAUAAUCAUCAUUCACCGGAAAAUGAGAUUUUGUAUUGUGUGCGGUA